UGUCGGGCGACCCGGAAGUGUUACCAUUUUGCGUUGUCGGGGCUCGGCGGCAGCCGGGCUCGGGGUGGACAGACCACCAUGGGGUCGUCAAAGAAGCACCGUGGGGAGAAGGAGGCGGCCGGGACCACGGCAGCGGCCGGCACCGGGGGCGCCACCGAGCAGCCGCCUCGGCACCGGGAGCACAAAAAACACAAGCACCGGAGCAGCGGCGGCGGCAGCAGCGGCGGCGAACGACGGAAGCGAAGCCGAGAGCGUGGGAGCGAGCGCGGGAGCGGGCGGCGCGGGGCCGAAGCUGAGGCCCGCAGCGGCGCGCACGGGCGGGAGCGCAGCCAGACAGAGCCCUCCGAGCGGCGGGUGAAGCGGGAGAAACGGGAGGAAGGCUACGAGGCCGCUGCCAAAGCAAGCUCAGGCGAUGCCUCGUCACUCAGCAUCGAGGAGACCAAUAAACUCCGGGCAAAGUUGGGGCUGAAACCCUUGGAGGUCAAUGCCGUCAAGAAGGAGGCGGGCACCAAGGAGGAGCCCGUGACCGCCGAUGUCAUCAAUCCCAUGGCCUUGCGACAGCGAGAAGAGCUACGAGAGAAGCUGGCGGCUGCCAAAGAAAAGCGCCUCCUGAACCAAAAGCUGGGGAAGAUAAAGGCCCUGGGGGAGGAUGACCCCUGGCUGGAUGACACUGCAGCCUGGAUCGAGAGGACCCGGCAGCUUCAGAAGGAGAAGGACUUGGCAGAGAGGAGGGCCAAGCUUCUGGAGGAGAUGGACCAAGAGUUUGGUGUCAGCACCCUGGUGGAGGAGGAGUUCGGGCAGAGGCGGCAGGACCUGUACAGUGCCCGAGACCUGCAGGGCCUCACCGUGGAGCAUGCCAUUGACUCCUUCCAAGAGGGGGAGACUGUCAUCCUCACCCUCAAGGACAAAGGAGUGCUGCAGGAGGAGGAGGAUGUGUUGGUGAACGUGAACCUGCUGGAUAAGGAGCGCGCGGAGAAAAACGUGGAGCUGCGCAAGAAGAAGCCUGACUACCUGCCGUACGCAGAGGACGAGAGCGUGGAUGACUUGGCACAGCGAAAACCCCGCUCUGUCCUGUCCAAGUACGAUGAGGAGCUCGAGGGCGAGCGGCUGCAGUCCUUCCGUCUGGAGCAGGGCGGCGUGGCCGAUGGCCUCCGGGAACGGGAGCUGGAAGAGAUCCGGGCCAAGCUGCGGCUGCAGGCUCAGUCCCUGAGCGCAGCCGGGCCCCGGCUCGCCUCCGAGUACCUCACGCCCGAGGAGAUGGUGACCUUUAAAAAGACCAAGCGGAGGGUGAAGAAGAUCCGCAAGAAGGAGAAGGAGGUGGUAAUACAGGCUGAUGACCUGCUGCCCCUUGGGGACCAGACUCAAGAUGAGGACUUCGGUUCCAGGCUGCGGGGCCGGGGUCGGCGCCGAGUGCCCCAGGCAGACGAGGAGGCCCAGGAGGAGGGGGAGAAGGAGCCUGUGUCUCAGCCCUUGCAGUCAGAUGACACCCGCGUGGAGAACAUGGACAUCAGCGAUGAGGAGGAGGGCAGAGCACCAUGGUCUGGGUCACCCGAGGUGCUGGAGGAGGAUGAGGCGGAGCUGGAGCUGCAGAAGCAGCUGGAGAAGGGGCGCCGCCUGCGGCAGCUACAGCAGCUACGGGACAGCGGUGAGAAGGUGGUGGAGAUCGUCAGGAGGCUGGAGUCUCGCCAGCGGGGCUGGGAGGAGGAGGAGGAUCCGGAGCGGAAGGGGACCAUCGUGUUCAACGCCACGUCUGAGUUCUGCCGCACCCUGGGGGAGAUCCCCACUUACGGGCUGGCCGGCAACCGGGAGGAGCAGGAAGAGCUCAUGGACUUCGAACGGGAUGAGGAGCGAUCGGCCAACGGCGGCUCCGAGUCCGACGGCGAGGAGAACAUUGGCUGGAGCACAGUCAACCUGGAUGAGGAGAAGCAGCAGCAAGAUUUCUCCGCCUCCUCCACCACCAUCCUGGACGAGGAGCCCAUCGUGAAUAGAGGGCUGGCAGCCGCCCUGCUCCUGUGUCAGAACAAAGGGCUGCUGGAGACAACGGUGCAGAAGGUGGCCCGGGUGAAGGCGCCCAACAAGUCCCUGCCGUCAGCCGUGUACUGCAUCGAGGACAAGAUGGCCAUCGAUGACAAGUACAGCCGGCGAGAGGAGUACCGAGGCUUCACGCAGGACUUCAAGGAGAAGGACGGCUACAGGCCUGACGUCAAGAUCGAGUACGUGGACGAGACGGGCCGGAAACUCACUCCCAAGGAGGCUUUCCGGCAGCUGUCCCACCGCUUCCACGGGAAGGGCUCGGGCAAGAUGAAGACGGAGCGGCGGAUGAAGAAGCUGGACGAGGAGGCGCUCCUGAAGAAGAUGAGCUCCAGCGACACGCCCCUGGGCACCGUGGCUUUGCUCCAGGAGAAGCAGAAGGCCCAGAAGACACCGUACAUCGUGCUCAGCGGCAGUGGCAAGAGCAUGAAUGCGAACACCAUUACCAAGUGAAGCCGACCUGCCUUCUGAUCCCCUCCCGACUUUAAUAUUAAAUAAAGUUCCCUCCUUAUCCCCCCCGUCCCCCCCCGGUCAUGGUGCAGAUUCCAGGCUGAGACCUGGGAGGAGGGCAGGUGGAGGAGCGUCGGCGACACUGCCCUCGGGUUCCGUCAUCACCUUUGUGACCUCAGGCAAGUCACUGAACCUCUCUGGGCUUUAAUUCUGCCUUUUGUACCAUCAAGACACCUCUGCUUCAUAGCAUGUCUUGUGACAAUUAAAUGAACUCAUUUGUUCAUUCACCUGCAAUGCGAAGGUGAGCAAGACCCCUCAGAGGUGGCUUAGAGUGAUGGCCUCUGCCAGGUGAGACCUGGUCGUAGGUGACACAAAUAACUGAACGGAGAUGCAGGGAGAAAGCUAGCCUGGAUCCUCUAAGGCGGUUCUCCAGCCCACCCUGGGCCCCAGCCAGCUAAAGAGAAGCCAGCUGGUUCAUUUUCUCACCCCCUCCCCUGGCCACCCCGGUGUGGUUGCACGGGUCCUGGCCGUCUCUUGAAGGCCGUGCCUUAUCCUCUGCAGGGCUAGCUUUUGGGUAAGAAGUGGAAGGUGUUUUAGAGGCUCAGACACCCUGGUCUCUCCCAGCCUCCAGAGCCACAAGUGGCACUGCCCUCCCCCGCCAGGACCGGCGGGGCAGGGACUGGGGGCAGCGCAGGGCGGAGGUGCUACCCGAGGCUGCUCCGUGAUGCCGUACCGCCUUGGUGUGUGUGGAGCGAGAGGCUGAGAGUUCCUUGGAGCGCCUCCUGGGAGCCGUGUCCAGUUAAGCAGGGAAGAACUCUGUGAGGGACGAGCAAGAGCCUGAAUCGAGGGAAAGGUGACAGCUGGCUCCCAUGGGAGUCCGACCAAACCAGCGCCCACCCCGACGUGCACCCGGACGCAUUCCAGACACUUCACGGAUUUUUUUUUAAUGAAACAAGAAAAGAGUGGAUAACCUUAGGGUGAGAGAAAUGUAAGCAAGGGACAAAAAUACAGUUGCUUAACACGUUGCCUUUGAUGACAGUUUUUGCGUGGCAGACCCACCAGGCACCAGCCCCUCGUGCUUUCUUGAGCUCAUCUCCUCGUUUUGAGGUCUGAUUCUGAUUUAAUUUUCAUCUGGGCUGCUUCCUCACGGAGGGUCCCCGUAGGAUGUCUAGCCCAGAUCUGGGAUUUGGGGAAUCGCGGUCCAUUUCUCCCGGAAGCCUCUGAGGCACGUCCGGUGUCCCUGGUGGCAUAGCACCAGCUCUGGCCGAGCUCUUGUCGAAGCUCACACCGUUCGCUCUGCAGCCUGUUAGGAGGCCGUCACCAUCAUCAGAGCCAGGAACGACCAAGGCCUAAAGCAACGGUGGACCAGGGUCAAAUUGACCAGGUUUGGCCCAGGAUGCCUCCCGACACUGACCCUGUGACCGAGAGACAGUACAUAGUGAACCAGGGAGUCGGAGGGGCCUCUCCGGGAAGCCUCCCUGGCUGGCCAUCUGCUUCCUACCCGAGACAUCCUGUGGCCUCUGGUGCCCAGGCCCCGUGCUUGCCUUUGUCUGCCCUAAUGCAUGCUAGCUAGUCCCCUCCCCGGGCUGUGCUUGCCCCUGCCGGGGCUGGGAAGCAGCAAGGCGUCAGUUCAGCUCCCUGGUGGUGGAUGGGGCUGGGGCCACCAAAUCUUUUGAGGCCUGAGCCCCCAGCGCAGGCAGAACCCAGGGAGAAGGUGGGGCCCUGCCAGCAACACUUGCCCCUCAGGAACUGCAGGCAGUGAUGCCUCCCCACAGGCUGGUGUGAGGGUCACUGAGGUCUUAGCCAGGGCCUGGGGGCGAGCCGGCUGGCGCACUGAGUCACCUAGACUGCUUUUCCAUUUACAAGCUGUCUGACCUCGGGCGGAUUACCACUGAGUCCAUGUUUCAUCUCAGACUGGCAGGGCUGGUGUAAAGCAGAGUUAAGAGCGUUCAUCCUUUCAUUACUUCAGCAAAUGUUUACUGAGCGUCAGGGCUGCUGGGCCUGAGGAUGAGGAGCAGGGCCAGACUGGCUGCCUGGGCCUGUGAGGGUCUGAUGGGUUAGCAGCUGUUGAGCAAGGACACCACCAGACGUGAAGGGGAUGGGAGGGAGUCCGUGCUCUUCCACGUGACACAAGGCCUUCAGAGGGGCUCGGAGAGCCCAGCUUUAACAGAAGCCCAUACAUCUGCCUCUCUGCCAUCAGCCCACGAGGCACCCUCACCAAGGCAUAAAGGCCUGCCCAGGACCCCUUCGCCACUCCGUGCUGCUUCAUUCCCCGGCCAGCCCCCAAGAAGGCCCUUUCUUCUGGGCCUGGUGAUUCUCCCUCUGAGCUGUGCCCACACCCUGCCCAGGUCCACUGAACCCCUUCAAGCCCCAGCAGCCAUACCCAGGCUGUGGCUCCUGUCAGCUCAUGGCCCAGUUCUGUUGUUUCCCCACAGGGCUGGGAAGCUGCCCCUCCCAGUCCCAGCAGGGUCCCCUGCCUUCUCCCCUCCCGCUCCCCAGGGCUGCCUGAUGAAGAAGCCUCCCCGUUUCUUAUCCUGGAGGCCCAGGUAGGGCCCUGCCAGUUCAGGCACCCUUCUGAGAUUUGUUCUCUGGCCCCCUGGGAUUCUGUGAGUGUAUCAGAGUUCUCCAGAGAAACAACCGUCAGGAUAUGCACACAUAUAUGAGGAGGUUUAUUAUAGGAAUUGGCUCACGUGAUUAUGAGAAGCCCCAGAUACACCAUCGGCGAGCUAGAGACCCAGGGAAGCUGGUGGUGUGAGUCUCAGUCUGAGUCUGAAGGCCUGAGGAGUGAGGAGGAGACAGGUGUCCCAGCUCAAACAGAGCAAACUCGCCCUCCCCCCGCCCCCGUCCUCCUCAGGCUCUUGGGGCGCAAUGGGUGAGGCCCACCUGCAUUGGUGAGGGGCCCUUCCGUACUCAGUCUACUGCUCCAAAUGCUAAUUUCCAGAAACACCCUCACAGACACACCAGAAGUAACGUUUUACCAGCCAUCUGGGAAUCCCGGAGCCUGGUUAGGUUGACACAAAAUUAACCAUCACAAUGAGUCACCUAAAAUAGUCUAGAAAAUUCCUUUUCUGCUUAGAGUAGUUUCUGUUCUAUACAAGUAAUACUUUCUGUCCUGUUUCUCUUGUUUUUCUCCUUUGCUUUCUUUUUGAGUGAUUGAGUUUUUAACACCUUUUCUUCUUACUGGCUUGGAAGUUAUCCACUCUUCCUGUUCUUUCGGAGAUUACCCUUAACGUUUCAACGUGUGUAUUAAAGUCUAAACCUGGUCAAUAGAUCGAUCUAUCUCCCUUCAAACUACAAGGCCUUUAGAACCCUUUAAUUAUGAUUGCUCCCUCUCUAUUCUUACAUGGGUUUGUUUGUGGGUUUUUUGGUUUUAUUUUUGGCCGCAUGGCUUUCGGGAUCUUAGUCCCCAACCAGGGAUGGAACCGGUGCCACCUGCAGUGCAAGCGCAGAGUCCUAACCACUGGACCGCUAAGGAAGUCCCUCUUCUUAGGUGUUUUUAUUUUCCAGGACCUUAUCUUGACUUUCCAAGAACCACCCCCUAGUCAGACAUCAUUAUCAUUAAAGAACUUGUUCCUCAUUCCUUCUUAUCUCUCAGAUCUCUCCUCUGGAGUCAAUUUCUUUUUUUU